AUGCGUUACUCAUUCACUAUCACCGCCCUGAGCCUCCUCUCAUCGGCUUUCGCAAUCACCAUCACCACUCCAUCAUCAGGCACGGUGUGGGAUUUCUCCACUGCCAAAACCAUCAAAUUCACUAGCGUUUCUAGUGAUCCUUCGGUGAUCAGUAUCAUCCUUCGAACUCAAGAUGGCUCCUACCAGAUCAAAUUGGCGGAUAACGUCAAAACCUCCGACGGCGAAUACACGACCCAGCCUGACCCUAGCGUUUCCAACGGAGAUGACUAUGAGAUCGAGAUAAUCGAUUCUGCUGGCGAACUCGCCGUCAGUGACAUUUUCACUGUCGAAAAGGGCGCUUCGGAUGACGGUACCACCACCCUGACCACCUCUUCUUCCACCUCUUCUUCCACCUCUUCUUCCACCUCUUCUUCCACCUCUUCUUCCACCCCCACUACCACCGCCUCCCCCAAUUCUUCUUCUUCUUCUUCGUCUUAUUCUUCUUCUUCCACGACCAGUGUGACCACUUCUACCUUGGUCACCUCCACCCUUAUAUCCUCAGCGUCUGCAACGCCCACGUCUUUGACUAGUUCUUUGACUUCCUCAGGCAUGAUACAACUCCAGACACAAUUACAAGACGAUUUUACUAAUACACUUAUCUAUAUCACAGACUCGACCACCUCUUCCUCUUCCACCUCUUCCUCAACGACCACGUCUUCCACUUCUUCCGCCAGUUCAUCUUCUGGUGCUGCGUCGUCUCAGUUGAGCGCUCCUAAGGGUGCCAUGGCUCUACUCGGUGCUGCUUUCGCGCUCUUUUACGUCUAG